AACAGAAAAGUCGAGUGUGCUACCUUACGCGGGAUAUGCGGUAGUAAAAGACUUUUGUGUCGGGCUGUGGAACUUGCUCGAGAAGAGGAAGGCACAGGAGAGCCGCCAGGGCUGGGCAAGACGGGCUGAAUUAGAAAGCGACACUGAUUUCUACGCGACUAGGUCGGCGAGUUGGGGGCGGGACUAAAGAACCCGGAGGGCCCCGAGGCCAGGGGGCGUGGCCUGAGGACGGCCCCGGCUGGGGUCGGGGGCGGGGCCAGCACCUGAGCCGGGGCGGUGGAGCUGCGGGCUGCGGGGCGGGGCCUAUUGCAGGGACUGGGGCCCAAGUGUGUUAGGCAGCGUCUCUAGGGUGCAGGGCUGGGAUCCCUAGGUUGGGUCAAGGAGUGCAAGAGACUGUGGCAUCGCGUCCUAAGACCUCCGCUCAUAAGCGUGCCCUCUCAACAGUCACCUCCAAAGUCCCUCUUGGAGGUUCAUGAGGUGUCCCCUCUGAUCCUCCUCUCCGCCAGCCCCCACCUUAGCGCUGCCAAAUCCCUCAGGUUCGCCCCUGAGACGCAGCCUCCUCCGCCAGCCCGCCCCCGGCUCGGCAGACGAGGUCCUCCCCCCCACCCCCAGCCUGGGUUCAGCUCUCACCCCUCUCCCAGAUCGUUGGGAGCGGAGAUCACUCAGAGCUCGUGGGGCGCGCUCACUUUGUGCCGGCUGCACCUUAUCGGCUCAAUCCCAGGCCGGCAGCUGGGGCUCCGAAUUCUCCCCCGGCCGUCCGCGGAGGGCUCGUCCGUUCCACCCGCGGAGCCCGGCCCACCCUAGUCCGCCCUCUCCCGCGUCUCCACAUGGGCCCGCCUGGCCCCAUCCGGCUGCACUGGAUCCCCGGGGACAGCCAGGCCCACACGCCGGCCUGCCGACGACAGUGGAGGGUGUGGCAGUGCCUCCAGGGCAGGUCCUGACUGCCUCGACCUCCCCUCUUCAGAAGGAAGAGCAACAAAGUCCAAGUGGUCCCUCCUCGGGUUUACAGCAGGCCCUGGUAUCCCAGCAUGGCACACUGACAUGAACCAUGACUGGCUGGCUGACACUCACCACUAACCACCCAGACUCGAAUCUCGCCAGGAGGUGACCCCUCCUCCCACUGCCCCCACAAUCUGCCCAUCCCUACCCAAGAAAGUGCCGCGACUGCCAUGGACACCAUGUAGUAGGGCCGGCUGCGGCGCCUAGUGAGCUGCGAUGGUUUUGUACACGACCCCCUUUCCUAAUAGCUGUCUGUCCGCCUUGCACGCCGUGUCCUGGGCCCUCAUAUUCCCAUGUUACUGGCUGGCGGACCGGCUGGUAGCCUCCUUCAUACCCACUACCUACGAGAAGCGUCAGCGAGCAGACGACCCGUGCUGCCUGCAGCUGCUCUGCACCGCCCUCUUCACGCCCAUCUACCUGGCCCUCCUUGUGGCCUCGCUGCCCUUUGCUUUUCUCGGGUUCCUCUUCUGGUCCCCCCUGCAGUCUGCUCGCAGGCCCUACAUCUACUCACGGCUGGAGGACAAGGGCCCAGGGGGCGGGGCAGCCCUGCUUGGUGAAUGGAAGGGCACAGGCACUGGCAAAAGCUUCUGCUUCGCCACUGCCAACCUCUGCCUCCUCCCUGACUCACUUGCCAGGCUCAACAAUGUCUUCAACACCCAGGCACGAGCCAAAGAGAUCGGGCAGAGAAUCCGCAAUGGAGCUGCGAGGCCCCAGAUCAAAAUCUACAUUGAUUCGCCCACGAACACCUCCAUCAGUGCAGCCAGCUUCAGCAGCCUGGUGUCACCACAGGGCAGUGAUGGGGCCAGAGCUGUCCCUGGGAGCAUUAAGAGGACAACUUCCGUAGAAUACAAGGGCGAUGGUGGGCAUCGCCCUGGUGAUGAGGCUGCCAAUGGGCCUGCCUCUGGGGACCUGGCUGACAGUGGCAACCUGGAGGAUGCCUGCAUCGUCCGCAUCAGUGGCGAGGAUGGUGGGCGGCUACCUGAAGCAGAAGACCCUGUCACUGGGAACCACACCAGGAACGGGGCCAGCGGGGGCUCAAAGGGCCAGACACCCAACCACAGUCAACAGGAUGGGGAUUCAGGGAGCCUGGGCAGCCCUUCAGCCUCCAGGGAGUCCCUGGUGAAGGCACGAGCAGGGCCAGACAGUAACAGUGGGGCGGACCAGGGGCCCAACAGCAAGCUCCUGUACAAGGCAUCGGUGGUGAAGAAGGCAGCCACGCGUAGGAGGCGGCAUCCUGAUGAGGCCUUUGACCACGAGAUCUCAGCCUUCUUCCCUGCCAACCUGGACUUCCUGUGCCUGCAGGAGGUGUUUGAUAAGCGGGCUGCUGCCAAGUUGAAAGAGCAGCUACACGGCUACUUUGAGUAUGUCCUGUACGACGUCGGGGUCUAUGGCUGCCGCGGUUGCUGCAGUUUCAAGUGUCUCAACAGUGGCCUCUUCUUUGCCAGCCGCUACCCUAUCAUGGACGUGGCCUAUCACUGUUACCCCAACGGUCGUGGCGUUGAUGCCCUGUCCUCUAAGGGAGCGCUGUUUCUCAAGGUGCAGGUUGGAAGCACACCUCAGGACCAAAGAAUCGUUGGGUACAUCGCCUGCACACACCUGCACGCCCCACCAGAAGAUAGCGCCAUCCGGUGUGAGCAGCUGGACCUGCUUCAGGACUGGCUGGCUGAUUUCCGAAAAUCUACCUCCUCGUCCAGCGCAGCCAACCCCGAGGAGCUGGUGGCGUUUGACAUCGUCUGCGGAGAUCUGAACUUUGACAAUUGCUCCUCUGAUGACAAGCUGGAGCAGCAGCACUCCCUGUUUACACGCUACAAGGACCCCUGCCGCCUGGGGCCUGGGGAGGAGAAGCCGUGGGCCAUUGGUACCCUGUUGGACACCAAUGGCCUUUAUGAUGAGGAUGUGUGCACCCCUGACAAUCUGCAAAAGGUCCUGGAGAGCGAGGAAGGCCGCCGGGAAUACCUGGCUUUCCCCACCAGCAAGAGCCCAGGAGGCGGACAGAAGGGGCGGAAGGACCUGCUGAAAGGCAAUGGACGCCGCAUCGAUUACAUGCUGCACGCUGAGGAGGGGCUGUGCCCUGACUGGAAGGCCGAGGUGGAAGAAUUCAGUUUUAUCACCCAGCUGUCCGGCCUGACCGACCAUCUCCCUGUGGCCAUGCGGCUGAUGGUGUCUGCAGGGGAAGAGGAGGCAUAGUCCAGCCAAAUCGCCGGCAUCCAGAGCACCGGGCCUGUGCCAGCCCUUUGAGCUGCAGCCCAUCCUUGGGCCAUGUCUCCUCCAUCCAGCUCCCAGUGCUGGGGGAGGAGGGCAAGGAACAGGGAGGGAGCCACGGUUAGUCCCGGGGAGCCUGGAAGCAGUGCUGCUGCUCUUCGACUCUGGGGCAUCUCCAAGGACAGAGACUGAGGCUGGCCCGGGAGCCCCGCUGCCUAACCAGUGCCAUUCUUUCCAAACGUGAUUUUCUACAGAUCUACAGCACAACCUAGUUUGUAACCCAAGGAUUAGUAUGAGGACCCAGUUUAUGUACUCUUUGUAUCUCUUCUCGAGCUUCGUCCAGGGUUAUUUUGUCUGCUGCCAAUGUUGUCUCGCAUGCCUACACCCUCGCAUGCACGCUGCUCGCAUGCCACGUGCCACACUGUAGCUACCCAGACCCCUUGCUCCGGCCUCACCCAAGGCCAGACUCCAAACACAAUCAGAACCAGCCAAAGAAGCACUUCCUGGACUUGGCUGCCAGCCCUCCACCUCCGGCCCAGAUGGGGCACUGUGGGGACAUGAGCGCUGUCAUUAUCAGCCAACCCAGGGCUCUUCCCAGAGUCUUGCAUUCAAGGGCAAUUAUGUCUUAAAAAGAAAACAGAAAUUAAGUUAAAACAAAAUUAACUUUAACCCUUAACUACAUAGAACCUUGCUCUUCCCAACACAGGGUCCCGUCCCCAGCCCAGACACAUCAGGGGUCAGCAGGCCCUGCCUACCCCAGCAGCUCCUCUAGGAGACUUGAAUCUAGGCUAUGGAGCCAUAACCAGAAAUCCAAGAAGACGGCAUCACUUUUUUACAGGAAGGGGACUCACAACUUAAAAGGGUGGGGGUAGGGUCUUCAUUUUGAAAGUUUGUAGCUUCUAAGCAAGCCAAUGCAUCCUCUUCCUUCUGCCAAGCCCCUUGCUGCCUUUCAGACACCUGUCUGGUUUGGGACCAAUCCUUCCCCAGGGACUUACCCCAUCCAUGUGCUGGCUGAGCUCAGGAACCGCCUGUCUGCCCCUGGAUGGGGCUGUGGCUCUGGCCUCCCAGGCCAUCCUCAACAGUUACUCCAGCCAAUGCCAUGGCAAGGGGGACUCGGGAUGAAGAGGUAAGAAGCCAAGGUGCAGAGCACAGCGUGUCUGGCACCAGUGGGACGAUCCUGCACCUGGUUGGGAUGGCCAGGCCAAUGCCAUUUCAUGCCUGGGGCAGGGAGUAGUACUGGCUGGCAUGCAGGCACACAGAAGCUACCCUGCCACUGUGCAACCACAGCCUGCCUGAGCUCCCUGGUGUGGGCUUCCUGGAGUUUGGGCAAGGACUUGUGAACGGUCUCCAUUCCUGGGGGCAGCUGGGACUCUGUUCCCACGCAUGGCUGAGUUAGGCAGAUCUAACACCCAGAUCUAAGCUGCUGUACACACAGGGAGGGCAGCGAGGCCAAGGCCAGGGUCCCCGCACCACGCCAGCAGCUUCUGUCCCUGAGGGUGAGGCAGCACAUGUGAAGUCAGGGCCACAUGCUUCUCAUUCUCCCAAUUCCAGGGCGGCCUUAGGCAAGUCACACCGCCCUGUGCCUCAGUCACUUUCUUCAUCACAUGGUCACCUCUGCCUCGUCAGGUCCUGGCAUCCAGAGGGACGGCCUGCCUCCCUAGCUUCCCUCAUACCUCCCUUAGAGCUGAGGCCGCAACCACCUGAGGCCUCUUGGAGCUGUGGAGGCUUCUCCAUUCUGAUUUUUAUAAAAGAAGGGAAAAAAACCUGCCAGGAUCUCAGAUGGCAUCUAUGGCGUGGGAAGGGGCAGUCACAGGGGUCAUCCAGAUUCAAACCAAGGCUCUUAGCUGCCUCUGGCCCACCACAAGGGUUAUACAAGACAAGUGGAUCAGUGUAGGAAGGAAACACUUUCAUUUAUCCAAAACCACCUUGAAUUUUAAGUAUAUAUUACUCUUGAUGCUUUUUAACUAUUGUAUUAACUUGCUGAGAUUUAGAGAUACUGUUUUAAAAAAAAAAGAAAAAAACACUUUUUUAAUUUCUGUAUUUUUUUUCUGUAUUGUAUCCUCAUGGGACAUUAGGGGUUUUAUAUGGUAAGACACCUAAGGUUUUGGUAAAAAACGUCAUCAUAUAUAUAUCCAGACAAUUCUUCCCUAGAAGAAAAACAAUCUUUACACCUGAUAAAAUAUUUUGAAAAGAGAGGUGGUUUUUUCCUUUAUGGUGCUGAAAGGAAGGAUGGAAAAGGAGGAGGAAAUAAAACUGUGAGGCUCAA